UUGAACCGGAAGCUCUUUCGCAGCGUUACAUCCUGCGGAAUAAGGAUACACAUUUGAAAUGGUCAAUGGCUUGAUACUUUACGUUUAAAAUAAACCUGCCAAAUGUUAGCAAAAUGAAUUACAUGCCAGGCACUGCGAGCCUCAUCGAGGACAUUGAUAAGAAACACCUGGUUCUGCUUCGCGAUGGAAGAACAUUGAUUGGGAUCCUCAGAAGCAUAGAUCAGUUUGCUAAUUUAGUUUUGCAUCAAACGGUUGAACGUAUCCACGUUGGUAAAAAAUUUGGUGACAUACCUCGUGGGAUAUUUGUCGUCAGAGGAGAAAAUGUGGUCUUGCUUGGAGAAGUAGAUCUGGAUAAAGAGUGUGAUCAGAUCCUCCAGAGAGUUUCCAUUGAGGAGAUCCUGGAGGAACAGCGGACAGAACAGCAAGCCAAGCAAGAGUCAGAGAGACUGAAGCUACAGGCGGUCAAAGAGCGAGGCUUAUCCAUCCCUAAAGCUGACACGCUAGAUGAUUUCUGAAGCAUCUUUAGUUAUUUUUGGAUGAUUUUAUUUCUGUUUUACCGGUUGGUUUUCUUUGGUUUGAGACUACAUUCUGUCUUGACUUUGAAAUCAUUCUGUCUGAUAAUAGAGGAGUGAGUCUCACGAGAUUGUGACUUCA